AUGGCCUCAUCCCGCGCCUGGACAUUCACCAACCGCGGCACCCCCCGCUCCGUCCUCUCCCUCGUCUCCAGACCAGCCCCAACCCUCCCACCAACCGCCCAACUCCUCGCAAAAGCCAAACCCGUUCCCGGCGCCGCCGACGGCAACCAAUGGCUCCUCGUAAAAGUCGCACACGCGGCCCUGAACCCGGGCGGACACCUCUACGUCACCAAGCUACCCGGAGCCGUGCGCGCAAAGACGGCGGUUCCGGAUUGGGACCUAAGCGGGACCGUAACGGAUGUGUGGAGCCCCGACUCCGGUUCCGUCAAGAGCAGCACCUCCCGCUUCUUCUCACAGGGCGACCGCGUCGCAGCCUUCCUCCCCAUAUCCUACGCCUGGCCAACCGGCACCGGCGCUUUGUCAGAACACGUCCUCCUGCCCGCGCGCUACGCCGUUCCCGUCCCCUCCCACGUCUCCCUCCGCGACGCGAGCUGCGUCAUGACGGCAGGCUGCACCGCCGCCGUGACCAUCCGCGCGACGGGACUGAAAGCAGGCGACAGGGUUCUCGUCAACGGCGCCAGCGGCGGCAUCGGGUCUCUAGCCGUGCAGAUGGCGCGCGCCAUCGUCGGGCGGGAGGGCCACGUCGUCGGCGUCUGUUCGGGACGCAACGCGGAGAUGGUGCUGGGGCUGGGCGCCGACGAGGUUGUGGAUUAUACUGCGGAUCGUCCGGUGCCUGUGUCAAAGGUGCUGGGGGAGAAGUUCGGGGCUGAGGGGAGGAGGUUCGAUGCUGUUGUUGAUUGUGUUGGUGUGCAGGAUGUUUAUGUGCACUGCGCAGAGUAUCUGAAGCCCGAGGGUGUGUACUCUGCGGUGGGGAUUAAGCCGGCUGACCAGUCCGUCGGGGCUCUCGUCAAGGCGGGAUGGACGAUGCAGAUGAACGCGUUGUGGCCUCGUUCGACUUGGUUGGGCGGCACGGGGAGGCGGUGGGCUGCGACGGCGAUGAUGGAUCCUGGGAAGGCCCUGAUGGAGGAGGUUGUUGCUAUGCUGGCGGAUGGGAGAGUCAAGGCUGUCGUGGAGAGAGAGGUUGGAUUUGAAGAGGCCGUGGACGGGUAUGAGAUUGUUGGUAGUGGGAGGGCACGGGGGAAGGUUAUUGUCAACAUCGGUGAACAAUGA